AUGCCGGACAUGAAGCCAAUCACACUCUGGGGCCACCCCUUCGCACCCAACCCGCUCAAGGUCGCUAUCAUCCUCUGCGAGCUCGACAUCCCACACGAGAUCAAAAUCGUCGCUUUCGAAGACGUGAAGCAAGAGCCUUUCCUGAAGCUCAACCCGAACGGCCGUAUGCCCGCCAUCGAAGACCCCAACACCGGAAUCGUUCUCUGGGAGAGCGGCGCCAUCAUCGAGUACCUCAUCGAAACCUACGACACCGAGAAUAAGCUCAGCUAUGCAGACUCUCCCGAGAAGUGGGCGCAGAGCAGCUGGAAGCAUCUGCAGAUGAGCGGACAGGGACCGUACUACGGUCAGCUGGUGUGGUUCAGCAAUUUCCACCAAGAAAAGCUUCCAUCCGUCAUCUCCCGCUACGAGAAAGAGUUGGACCGCGUCGUGUCCGUCCUCGAACUGCAGCUCACCAGAACUGGGAAACCCUACCUCGUCGGCGACAAGUGCACCUAUGCUGAUCUGAUGUUCAUUCCAUGGCACCGUGCGAUCCCAGGGCAACCAACGCAUGACUUCUUCACGAAGACGUGGCCGGAGAAGUACCCGGUCAGCUAUGAGUGGAAUCAGAGGUUGCUGGCGAGGGAUGGGGCGAAGAAGGCUUUGGCAGAUGGGCAGAAGCUGAUGCAACGGUCGCAUUAG